AUGUUCGGUGAUGGACAAACCUUCCUAACCUGGACAAAGAUCUGGGCAGAAGAAUGUCGCCGCGCUCAAGGUCUCACCAUCGCGGACCCGUUCAGGCUCGACGAGACUCUUUUGAGGGACCGCCAGCGACUCAUGAAGCCUACUGGCAAGAACCAAGGACGGACCGAAGACCAUCCGGAGUACACCAUUCUCCCUUUCACCCCUCAAGGCAUGCCUCCCAACAUGCUGUCCGAAGACCACCGUGGACAAAUAUUUUACUUCUCGCCAGAGUCUCUUGCCAAACUCAAGUCCGAAGCCUCUCCUACCAAAGCAACAGAGCCUACCAAGCAGAAAUGGAUCUCUACCAACGACGCCCUUUCAGCACUGCUGUGGCGUACAGUGAUGGCUGUUCAAUCGCCUCUCAAGAAUCUUGAAGGCGACCCGGUUUCGGUCUUUAACAUUGCAAUCAACGGCCGUCUCCGUACAGACCCACCGGUGCACCCCGAUACGAUGGGCUGCUUUCUAGGUUAUGUCGCCGCAUCAGUCCCGAUCCGCAAGAUGCUCGGCUCUGCGAGCUUAGCGGAUUUGGCCAUCUUGAUCCGGCAAGCCCUGAUACGAGCCGACAACCAGUUCGUUGACGAUGUAGCGACACUCAUUGACAAGGUGGAAGAUGUCAACCGCGUACUUCCCACUGCGAUGCUCGAUGUUCCGGGCAACAACUGCAUCCAAACAUCUUGGGUCGACUUCUCUCUUUAUGAUGUCCAAUGGGGGCCAGUGCUCGGCGACAAGAUCCAGGCCGUCCGCGCCCCUCAUAUAGGAGUUAUAAACGGACUGCAGGUAGUCAUGCCUAUCUUGCCAGAUGGCGGGAUGGAGAUUUUGAUUGGAGUUGAGAAGAGCUGUCUGGACAAGUUGCUGCAUGAGCCAUUGUGGAUGAAGUUCGCCGAGGCGAGAUAG